CUGCACCGCCACCACCUUCCUCCCUCUGACCUGACCCCUCUCGAGUCAGCCCCAACCACCGCACUCAAAGCGCAGCAGCCGCCGCGCCGCGCCGUGCUGUGCAUGUGCUGCGUGAAGCCAUCAUCCGUUCAGCCAACCAACCCCUUCUCCCGAGCUCCGGAGCCGACAUCCUCCCUCCCCGGCUCCCCCCUCAUCCUCGCCGAGUCCAAAACAAGUUGUUGCAAUCCCGGACUCUUCUAGUCUUCUCCCAUGGAGCGGCUCAUCUCCACGCCCGCCUCCUCCCCCUCCCCUCCCCAGACCCGGAUCCGCCUGCCCGGCGGAUCUCUCUUCCUCCCUUCCCGGCGCCUCCCCGCUGCGGGUGGCGGCGUAGCGCCAUGGGCCCGGCUGCACUGGCAGCCUCCGCGCCCCGGCGCGAUCGCGCUGGCGUCGCCGCUGCGCCAUGAGGGCCUUUCGGCCGCGCCGGAGGAUGCAAGGAAGGAGGUGGCGGCGGCACCGGCGACGGUUGGGCACCCGUGGAAACUGCUUGGGAGCCUACUCCCCAAGGCUUCCACUGCUGCCCUUUUCCUAUUGAUGACACUUAUUACUAGCAGCCUACACUCUAGCAUCCCUCAUCCUGCCUAUGCAUCGGUGCAACCAGUAGCGAAAACGGGUGGAAGACUGCUCACGACUGAGUUACUAAGCAGUGGUUGGGCUGGUUUCUUUGCUGGGUGCUUGCAUACCUUGUCUGGGCCAGAUCAUCUAGUCGCCUUGGCACCGCUGUCGAUUGGUAGAUCAAGACUUGAAAGUGGACUGGUCGGUGCCCUUUGGGGCUGUGGUCAUGAUGCAGGACAAGUUAUUUUUGGCCUGCUCUUCUUGUUACUCAAGGAUCGGUUGCACAUCGAGGUUUUCCGUGCAUGGGGAACAAGAGUUGUAGGCCUCACGCUCCUUAUCAUAGGAGGCAUGGGCAUCCGAGAAGCUUCAGAGGUUCAAGAGUCCUCCCUAGUUUUGGAGGGCGUCGACGGCAGUAUUACCGGCGGUGGUGAGCCUUCGCAGGCCCCUUCAGCUCCCAGAAAGAAGAAAGUUGGUUUGGCAACAUUUGCCACCGGAAUCGUCCAUGGUCUCCAACCAGACGCACUGCUGAUGGUCUUGCCCGCGUUGGCUCUUCCGUCGCGCUUGGCCGGCGCGGCAUUUCUUGGCAUGUUUUUGGUCGGCACUGUAUUUUCGAUGGGGAGUUACACUGCUUUUGUAGGUUCUUGUAGCGAGGCUCUAAAAGAGAAGGUUCCUAGGAUAACGGAGAAACUGACCUGGGCUGCUUCACUUGUAGCUGUAGGCAUGGGACUAGCUCUUCUGGUUGGGCAGUUCUUUGGGUUCAGCCUGUACUGAUUGUAUUAAUUCCACGAGGUAACUCGGCAACAUUGUUUUCGAUGAGAGUAUUGUUGGCAGUUAGAUGGGUAUAGAUGCUAUUAUUGUUUGUGAGACCACAAAAUGUAUACCGCUGCAACUCGACCUGCCACAUACGUGAUUUACACAGUUUUUUUGGCUCUGUAUC